AUGUUCACAGGGUGUGGAGUGGUCAGCGGCCAGAGCACGUAUCUUUCCAGAGACGCUGUCAGGCCCCACCCAGGACUGGAGGUAAAUCGGCCAGUUCAGAUUCAGAAUGGGGUAACAUUGGGGAGCUGCUCCGUCUACCAGGAUCAAACUUACAGCAAUGCCGGCCAGCCAGCGGUAGUAAACAAUGGCUCCAUGCUAAAGCCAGCGCCAGUACAAGUCCCGCCGCCUGCCAUUAAACUAGGGCAAGAAGGGUUCAAAAAAGUGUGCCGGACUGAGGAGGACAGUCCGUGUCCCUUUCCAGGACUGGCCUCAGGGGUGCUGGAGAUGCGCGUGAAGGAGGGAAGUAAGAUCCGCAACUUAAUGGGAUUUGCCAUGGCACGGAUGCAGGGAGAGAAGGGUGUAAGUGGGGGAGGCGAUGGGCUCAGGCAGGUGGUCUUCACCGGGUCAGGUCGUGCUGUCACAAAGACCAUCACAUGUGCUGAGAUCAUGAAAAGAAAAGUGGGCUCCCUGCAUCAGCUGACCAAACUGCGGUACAAGGUGGUGAAAGAGGUGUGGGAGAGUUCUGAAGGAGGGGCGUCAGAGAUGACGGUGCACAGGACUGUCCCCUCGAUCAGCAUCCUCCUUUCCAAAGACCCACUGGAUCCCCAGGAACCUGGCUAUCAGCCCCCUGAGACUCUCAGUGCAUUGUGGGAGGAAAGAGAGGGUGUGGAAUCUGGCGUCUUGCAGGCAGCCUGCAAGCGACCUCUUGGACCCUUGCCAUACAGCAGUUUCCCUCAGUGUAAGAGAGUGUGUUUGGAGGAAGGAGUCUCCGACGUGCCUCCUCACUGA